AUGUUCUUCAACUCCGCUACAAUCGCCCUUGCACUUACCCUCGCCUCAGUCGCUCGGGGCGCCACAAUCGCCGUCCGCGGCGGCGGUGACUGUAACGGCAUCUUGGGAUGGCAGCGUAACCAAGCUUAUUCACGCGGCGACGAGAUCUCCUACUGGGGCUCUAUCUGGCAAGCGAAAGAGUGGAGCUAUAACAACCCUCCUGGCGACGCCGCUAACCAGUGGAACAACGUUGGUUCCUGCAAUGGCGCUAAUAAUGGCAACAACGGCGGCGGCGGCUCAGGUGGAGGUCAGAAUUGGAACAAGGCGAGAGGCGACGACGGCAACGACACACAGGGUGUGAACAACGACAACAGUGUCACCAACAACAACGACGGCGGCAUUAAUAACGCCAACGGCUGGAAUAACGGUGGCAAUGAUAUCUGGGGCAAAGACAAGGAUGGAGGCGACUCGAACAACCACAACGGUAACAACAACUGGGACCAGAACAAGGACAGCGGCAGCAACUGCGACUGCUCCAACGCUCAGCCCUGGUCCAAAUCCGCACAGUACCCCGGCGGGAGCUUUGUCACUUACAAUGGUCAUCUCUGGAUCGCCAACUGGUGGGUAACGAGUAAUUGCCCUGGUGACACGUCGGGUUCUUGGACGGACAAGGGUGCCUGCAGCAAGUGGUAA